AUGAAGCUUCUUUUCUUAGCAAUGUUUUCGAACAUUGGGUUCUCGCUGCAAUGUGACUAUUCCGAUACACAAUUUCGGGAGCAGAAGGUCGAUCAUUUCGGAAAGAGCAUGAAAACAUUCAAGCAGCAGUACCAAAUUAUCGACGACUUCUAUAAGUCGGGUGGUCCAAUACUCUUCUAUCAGGGGGCUGAAAAUGACCGGAUCAGCUGUCUGUCCGACUACUCACUUGCGCAUUAUGCCAACGAGACUGGCGGACUUCUUGUGCAAAUUGAACAUCGUUAUUUUGGAGAUAGCUUGCCUUUCGGACCAAUCAACAGCACACUCACAUACAAUUGGGAUUAUCUCACCUUGAACAACGUGAUGAUGGAUUCUGUUGAGUUCGUUCAGUUCAUCAAGAAAAACUCCACGUUCACCAACGCGAAGACCAUUGUAUUCGGAGGAUCCUACGGGGGCUACCUGGCCACGAUGCUCCGUCUUAACCACGGUGGCAUUUUUGACGGAGCUGUCGCAACAGGGUUUCCUUUAUACCUGAACGGAGCGGACUUUCCUAACAAUACAUACAAUGACGUGAAUAAUGUGAUUCAAGAUAUGUCCAAGACUGCGGCGGACAGGAUCAAUGGUACUUUUUCUGAACUAUUGAAAUACUAUACUUCAGGAAGAACACAUGAACUUACAACCAAGCUGAAUCUCUGUACCGAGCCCAGAAAUGCGACUGACAUCGCCAUUCUGAGCACCAUCUUCGCAUCUGGGCUGCAACGACUAUCGCAAUUCAACUUCCCAAUGGCAGCCGUGGCCAACGUUUCAUUUCCCAUCCAAUACAUCGUGAAUCAAACACUUCAUUCUUCUGAUCCGCUAGCCGCAUUGGUGGCCUUUACACCUAUCUAUGCGAAAUCCGUGAACAUGGCCCAGCUGAACUGCUUUGACUGGGCAGCUGGUGGCUCGGCUGGGGUAGGGGGAGCUGGAGGCGUGCAAGAAGGCCCUUACUUUCACAUGGUUUGCACAUACUUUCCGAUUUCCAUGGACAACACCCCGGAAAACACCAUAUUCCCCGCUGAAAACGCCUCCCAGUACGCCUGCGGCACCAUGUUCGGCCCAGGGAAGACCAAAAUGUUGACCCAAGUUGUCCUCGAACAAGAAUAUAAUUAUUCUUUGGAGAAAAUCUCCAAUCUGACAAACUUCAUUGGUCUUUGGGGCCAGUACGAUCCCUUGACUGCACUGUUUCCAUAUGAUUUUCCUUUGAAAAGCAGCCGCCGAGCCGCUCGGAAGAUCUUCGUUUCUGGUAUGGCGCACACGGGUGAUAUGAUUGCGCAGUCUCCGCUGGACCCAGAUGCUUUAAUUCAGGCUCGUUCCACUAUCGUUCAAUACAUCAAGGACUGGUCUGCUCUAUCUUGA